CCCCGCUCCUCCUCCUCCUCCUCCACCCGGACCAGCCCCAGUUAUCUCCGCGGCGUCGGGACGCAGAAAGGGAAACUUUUUUUUUUUCCUCUCAGUCCCUAAACUCAAACUGCAGGAUGUCUCCUCCGACUCGACGGCUCCAGACGAAGCCGGUGAUCACCUGCCUGAAGACUUUCCUCAUCUCCUACAGCCUCAUUUUCUGGUUCACAGGUGUGAUCCUGCUGGCUGUGGGGGUGUGGGGGAAGGUCAGCCUGGAGGCCUACUUCUCCCUGGUUUCUGACGAGAGCACCAACGCGCCGUACGUCCUGAUCGGGACCGGCGCCAUCAUCGUUAUUUUCGGCCUGUUCGGCUGCUUCGCCACGUGCCGCGGCAGCCCCUGGAUGCUGAAGCUGUAUGCCAUGUUUCUGACACUGGUGUUCCUGGCGGAGCUCGUGGCCGGAGUCUCAGGCUUCAUCUUCAGACACGAGAUUAAGGCCAAAAUCGGWGUCGCUUAUGAAAACGCUGUGUUGUCCUACAACCAAACUGACAGCAAAAGCGAAGCGGUCGACAACCUCCAGAGGAAGCUGCAUUGCUGCGGCGUGAAAGACUACACGGACUGGAACGUAACGGACUACUUCAGAAAUAACGGCAUCCCCAUGAGCUGCUGCAAAGACAAGUGUUCCCCGGAGAGCCUGAAGGACUUAAACAAGGCCGCAGCGGAGGUUUACACCACGGGCUGCUUCUCUCUGGUCACCAAAGUCCUGGAAGGCAACCUGGGAGUCGUGGCUGGGGUCUCUUUUGGCAUCGCUUUCUUUCAGGUCAUCGGGAUUUUCCUGGCGUGCUGCCUGUCUCGUUACAUCACCAACAACCAGUAUGAAAUGGUCUAACGCUCGCCUCCGCAGGUCACUCGCCUGAUGAAACCUGAUUUGGGAUUUUAAUAUUUGUCGGAAACAUUUUAGUCUGAGGAAGAAAAAAAAAGAAAAAGAAAAUCACCAGUAAGUCGAGCAGAAAGGGAGACAACUGCAGUUCUGUUUGACCAAAUGGAGACAAAAGGGACCGAGACAUUUCAGAAACUUGUUACUCUUUAGAUUUAAUUAUAGACAGCUUUUUGUUGUGUAGUCGUCACUUUUUAAGUUUUUGUUGGACGUUUUGUUCGUGUCUCGCAGCUGCCUUAUUUUUGUAAAUCAGUGGAGAGUGAGUUUGUAAAAGGUUUGUGGAACUGGACGAGACGUCGCCACCCUGGAAUCAAGACAGUAAAAGGAAAGAAAAAUGUAAAAUGAAAUAAAAUAAUGAGCCUCCGUGAUGAUGUGGGCCAGUACCUGCUGCCAUCUGCAGCUUAACCUUAUCAUUCAGUAUUUGUGUUUUUGUUUCUUUUUGUGAAUGCAUGUGGGAAAAAAUAAAA